AAAGUUUGGAACAUCGAACCAGUUAAGUUUGCUAUUGUGACUAAAAAUGGUGCGAAAUUUGAAGACUUAGACAUAGAAGGUUUGUUAACAGUCAAAGAAAGUUUUGACAGAAGGUUUUCAAACCUUAAAGAAGGCAAAGCAUACAAACUUGUUAUACCUUAUGAACCAAAGAAAGCAGACGACUAUGAAUAUUAUGAGUCUAAAGUUGUAGAAGUUCAAGGUAAAUUGGGUAAAAAGAUUUUAGAGUCUAAGCCAGUGUUUACUCCUAAAGAGGAAGAGAACAUUGACAUUGACCCAGAAAUGUUCUAA